CUGAAGCUUGAGAUGACGUGAGAGUGACGGCACGUGGAGUUGCUCGGCCAGUGUACGUUGCCUUCCACAUUAAGUGCCAGCAUUAUCCCUCCCUGGAUGGCUAAUUGUCACCUGGCUGACUCAUCAUACACAUACAACCUGCUCAGUGGUUACCUGACUUCCAGUCUUGUCGCCUAAGUAUAUUACCAGCACAACAGAGCAUCCUGAGGGAUAUGCAGAUUAGAUGAUGCCACCCAGCCUUCAGGAGAAACAGAAAGAACCUUCUUGCACUCCAGUAAUGAGUCUGGCACUGUGAUGAAAUUCUUUUCCCCCAUCGACUGAGUGAAUCUUCUCAACAACCCUAGGAGAAACAAGCCCUCCUUUCUGACGGUGUGCUUUUUAUUUGCUCACAAAGGAAUUUUCAUUUUUGCCUUGGCUGCCCUGAAGCUCCACACCACUGUGCUACCUUUAGUGCUAGCUCGAGGUUUCCUGGAUCACACAGAAUUAUGAAAACAAAUGUAUAUUCCUAAGGUGAGCUGUCUCAUUUGUGUCUUUGCAGAUGAUACUUGAACUGAACAAUUAAGGGUUCUGACAUCAAAGCUCUUGAGAUUAAUAAUGGCCGGGAAAUCCUCACUUUUUAAAGUAAUUCUCCUUGGAGAUGGUGGAGUAGGGAAGAGUUCUCUUAUGAACAGAUAUGUAACUAAUAAGUUUGAUACCCAGCUCUUCCAUACAAUAGGUGUGGAAUUUUUAAAUAAAGAUUUAGAGGUGGAUGGACAUCUUGUCACCAUGCAGAUUUGGGACACAGCCGGUCAAGAGCGAUUCCGCAGCCUGAGGACACCGUUUUACAGAGGUUCUGACUGUUGCCUGCUUACUUUUAGUGUCGAUGAUUCGCAAAGCUUCCAGAACUUGAGUAACUGGAAGAAAGAAUUCAUAUAUUAUGCAGAUGUGAAGGAGCCCGAAAACUUCCCUUUUGUGAUUUUGGGGAACAAGAUUGACAUAAGUGAACGGCAGGUGUCUACAGAAGAAGCUGAAGCCUGGUGCAGAGACAACGGCGACUACCCUUACUUUGAAACAAGUGCAAAAGAUGCCACGAAUGUGGCAGCAGCCUUUGAGGAAGCAGUUCGAAGAGUUCUUGCUACCGAGGAUAGGUCUGAUCACUUGAUUCAGACAGACACGGUCAAUCUUCAUCGAAAGCCCAAGCCUAGCUCAUCUUGCUGUUGAUCAUUAAAGGGAUUGUUGGUGUCUUCUAACCAAACUCACACAUAUACACAAGAUAAACACAAAGGUGGAGAAGAGAAUUAGCAUUUUCAGCAGUGUAUCAUGUACUAAUAAACUAACUUUAUGGCUGCUGCUUUAGUUGGUGGGAGAAGGGACACAUUGACUCACAGAGGAAUCUAUUUACUCAGUAAUGGUACCCUGCAUUUAUAAAUUGUAAUGGUUGUCUAAUAACAGUCUUUAAUUUAAAUAUGUAAGUUACCUAAUAAGUGAGAUGACCAUGACUUUAAUUAUAAUUAAAAGAAAAAACUUAACCAUUCUAGAAGUUACACUUGGAUUGUUUUUCCCUGGGGAAAUGGAGAACUACUUUUUGUAUGUGUAUAUUUUUAUGUAAUUACCAUUCUAUUCUUGGUUCUGGGGAAAAGUUUCCUAAAGCAAUAAUGUUAGAUAUUAAAGAUUAAAAUCUAAUGCAUUUGCAAUGCAUUGUUACUUCAUUUGAUUACUUCAUUCUCUUAAAAAUGACCUAACUGUUCAUGUUUUCAUUCUCUGUAUCAUUAGAAUUGAUCUCACUAGUAAUCACUUGUGUGCCACACAUGCAACCCCCUCCCUCC